GUUUGAUCCGCAUUCGUCUAAUGAUUAGAAGGAUUUUCAUUUUACAGCUUUUGUGACCAAGUUCUACACAAAAUAUAUUUGUUUAGGACAGGAAUUUCAAAAUAGAAAACCAUGGGGUUGUUUUCUGGAGAUUUAUUUCCAACAAAAAUGAGUUUUAUUAUAUUUAUAUCAUACAUGGGAUUGUUCAUUAACCAAGGUAUUCUUGUGACUGCAUCCAAAAAUAAGAAUAAUACCUAUAGUUAUAACACAGUGACAGUUGUUCUACUGACUGAACUACUAAAACUGGUUGUGUCUUCUACUGUAUAUUUGAAGGACAAUCCUGUUUCUAGUUAUUUCUCAGAAAUCUACAAACACAGAAGUGUGUUGAUGUAUUAUUUUGUUCCUGCUGCUCUCUACUGCCUGUACAACAACCUGCAGUUCGUCAAUCUAGCAACCUAUGACCCCACGACCUAUUACCUUCUACUGCAGUUUAGGGUUGUAGUCACAGGCGUAGUAUUUCAGGUCAUCUUUAGCAAGAAAUUAAGUAGAUAUCAGUGGGUUUCCCUGACAUUUUUGACUCUGGGAUGCAUAGUAAAAGAGUACGGCCAUGACAGCAAAUCCUCCCUUGCCACAUCUGCCUCUUCUACGUCCAGUCCUCUCUCAGUCUACUUCAACCACCAUCUCCUUCUCAUACUUGUUCAGGUGUUCAGUUCCUGUUUUGCAGGUGUUUAUAAUGAGUACCUGCUGAAAGACAAGGGAGUGGAUGUUCAUAUUAUGCUGCAAAAUGUGUUCAUGUACCUGGACUCAAUUUUCUGUAAUGCUCUGGUGCUAGGGUUCAAGGGAGAAUUUAUCAGUGCAUUGGAACCUGGAAACAUUGCAGCUAUAAUGCAGCCAGGAGUUUUAAUUAUUGUUGUAAAUAAUGCUGCCAUCGGCAUCGUAACCAGUCUUUUUCUUCGAAACUUGAAUUCCAUCUUGAAGACAUUUGCCAGUGCAUUAGAGCUUAUGUUCACUGCUGUGUUAUGCUGGAUCAUUUUUGGUAUCGCUAUUGAUAUAUACACUAUUGUGGCCAUUUUUAUUGUAUCUGCUGCUACGGUGAUGUAUGCCCAGAAACCAGUAGUGAAUUUGGCAAAGACUGAUAUUGAAAUUCAGGUUGAUCCUCCAAAGGAAUCUGUAUAAACUUAAAAAAGAUAAUCAUUUUAGUUUUUAGCACUGCUUGGUACAAAAGUAUGUGGAUGAAAUCCUUUCUUUCAAAUGUGCAAACUAAAUGUAUGUGCCAACUUUUGUAGAACCUAUACAUUAGUAGAUUCUCCUCUAAAUGAUAUAAGACUCAUAUCGUAAUAAAUCAUACUUUCUGUAAAUUUAUUUUUAUUUUUUUCUGGGAAUUCAUGUGAAUUUUUUCUGGUCUGAAUAUUUUUAGGGUUUAUUUGUAU